CCCUCCACGAACAAUUGUUUUGGUCCGAACAGUCCAAACGAGGCUGAUGGUCUGGUUUUACCCACCAAUUGAAACCCUGGAGCCGAUCGCUGAACACCCCCUGUCCAGCUGAUACUUGCUCUGGCUAGUGGAGGUUAGCCAGCUGCCAACAUCCCCAGUCUACUUGAACGACAGGCACAAAAGCACAACGGCGCGAUUGUUACCUCAUAUACACUCGUUUAUCUCUCCCAUCGCAUUGUCGCCAGCAUCAAUCAUGUCUUCCUCAGCUUCCUACCCAAUGACCCGUCUUGGCGGCAAAGCAUUCAAUCAUUCCUCGAGCGGCGAUGCUGAAGCAGAAUACGAUCGACUCCGCGACCUUGCGCGCCAGGAAGCGGGCAAGCGCUCGUCCUGUUUCGAUAAAGCGCAUCAAGCGUACGAACGAGGCGAUGGAGCUGCGGCGCAUCAAUUGUCCGAGGAAGGAAAGGCACAUGCGGCGAAGAUGGAUCAAUUCAACAAGCAGGCAUCCGAUUACAUCUUCCGCGAGAACAAUGCGCCCGGCCGAGUUGCGGACGACACGAUUGAUUUGCACGGGCAAUUCGUAGAGGAGGCAGAAGACAUCCUCGAGCAAAGGAUAAGAUACGCACGGCAGAACGGGCAGACGCACUUGCACGUAAUCGUCGGCAAGGGCAACCAUUCCGUAAACCAUGUCCAGAAAAUCAAGCCUCGUGUCGAACAAGUAUGCCGGGAACUGGGCCUCCAAUAUGCCACGGAAGAAAAUGCUGGGAGGAUGUAUGUCAAUCUCACUGGAGCACCAGCAAUAAUGCCACCUGCGGGCCAGCAGCACGGAGGUUAUCACGGACAGCAACCGCAGGGUGGUCAUCAACAGGGCGGGUAUCCUGGUCAGCAGAAUCAUGGUCAACAGCAACAUCAUGGCCAGCAGCAGCAACAUGGUAACCAGCAGAAUGGCCAGAAUGAUGAGAUGGAGAAGCUGGCUAAGAAGCUGUUGCCAAAACUAUUGAAGAAGCUGGACGGAUGCUGUGUUGUUAUGUAA